AUGAACGUUGGAAAGCAAGCAAACAAAUUAACUAUGUUAAUAGGCGAGACGGAGGACGAGGAUGCAGUGAAGGGAAGAAAAAGCAGUAAAUUGCCUUUCAGUCACCGAAAUGAGGAGCGACGAGACGUUAAAGUGCACAGCCGGACAAUAAGAACGAAUCCAGAAAAGUGGUGUCAAGAGGAGCGCAAGGUAUGUGCGGUGACGGAUGUGAAGAAGGAGAACUUUUCAGAAGCUCCUUCAACCAACAAACAUCAGCGAAACGUAAGAAAUGGGACGGGAAUCGCGUCGCGAGAAGGAAACGGCGCUGAUUCAGCAGGACGACGAGAGCGCCGGCGCCAUGUUCGCAGCAGCAGCUUUUUCGAGAAUUCAUCGUCCGAGGCGAGGAAAGGGGCGUGGUCGGAGCAGGACGGGAGAGGAGAUCAAUGCUUCGAUGCAUACGCAAUGUGCCAUUGUGACACCAGCACUACGAAUGAAUGGACGGACGAACACAUCGCUGCUCUCCUCGGCCACCCGGCACACUCACCGCCGCCACCACCUCACACCUGCCUAUCCGAUUACCCUACGUGGCAGCCCGUGGACUGCAAUUUCGCGCACACAUGCAAUCCACCUCCAGGGACCACCGUCCCUGAUUUCCACGACCUGAUCUUAUCCGUUCAAUGA